CGACACAGUACAUCUGUCAUUUCGAAUCAUCGGAUAGUGUAUCUGAAAAUGUACGUGAAUGUAAAUAAACAAUAUUAGAAAAGACCGACCGCAUUUCUCAUCACCCAUGCUUGUGAUUGAUAAAUCACAAGCACCACUAUCUUACAGUUUUUAUUCAAAUAAGUUAUAGUGUUCAAACGUAAAUGGACAACUCACAUGAUGACUCCGAAGAUUAUCAGCUUCCAGCUGAUACAUUACUUGUUUUGCAAGAAUUUUUACGCGAAAAAGAAUUGCGUGAGAAAGCCGAAACCACCGGCGUUACAAACAGUGCAGGGAUUGAAGAAAAUUGGCAAUUAAGUCAAUUUUGGUACAACGAAAAUACUAAAGAAAAACUGGCUUCUGUUGUAGACUCGUUGCACAAAAAAUGCCAAACAACAGAAAAUGAUCUGAGAGUAGCACUCCUUUGUUGCCCGUCGUUGUAUAAUCAUGUGAAAAAAAUAACUGAAAACGUGACACUAUUUGAAUUUGACGAACGCUUUGCUUCAAUUGGAUCAGAUUUCCACCAUUUCGACUACAAACAAGCAUUAGAGGAAACCUAUUUGGAUGACUCUAAAGAAUGUUUUGAUCUCAUAAUAGCAGACCCUCCAUUUCUUUCUGAAGAAUGUAUCGAAAAAAUAGGCAUCGUGGUACAAAAGAUAGCAAAGAAUGAUUGUAAAACAAUCCUAUGUUCGGGCUAUGCAGUGCGAGACUGGGCGAAAAAAUUCUUGCAUUUAGAUCUCUGCAAGUUCGAACCAGAGCACGAGCGAAAUCUUGGCAAUCAAUUUUCCUCUUAUGCGAACUUUGAUUUGGACGGUGAGUUAGCGGGAAAAAUGUAGUAUUAUUGGUAAUGAACGUUUUGAAAAUCA